AUGGCUGAACAAAGAGAAGUCGAGCUGUUCGGAAAAUGGUCAUACAGAGGAGUCAUCUGCGCUGAUAUCUCUCUGCAGGACUACAUGAUGGUCAAGAAGGCCGCCUUCUUGCCACACACCUCUGGACGUUACAACAAGGUCCGCUUCAGAAAGGCUCAGUGCCCAAUCGUUGAGCGUCUUGCUAACUCCAUGAUGAUGUUCGGUCGUAACGCCGGUAAGAAGGUCAUGGCUGUCCGCAUCAUCGAGAAGGCCUUCGAGGUCAUCUUCCUCUUGACCGACAAGAACCCAAUCCAAGUUUUGGUUGAUGCCAUCGCCAACUCUGGUCCACGUGAGGACUCCACCAGAAUCGGUUCUGCUGGUACCGUCAGAAGACAGGCUGUUGAUGUCUCUCCAAUGAGACGUGUCAACAACGCUAUCUACCUGCUCACCCAGGGUGUCCGUUCCUCUGCCUUCAGAAACAUUAAGACCGUCUCUGAGUGUCUCGCUGACGAGCUCAUCAACGCCGCCAAGGGUUCGCCAAACAGCUAUGCCAUCAAGCAGAAGGAUGCUUUGGAGCGUACUGCCAAGUCCCACAGA